UAUUUCUUGAUCUCUGCUUUUACGAUCUGCCGGCCGAAUCUAAAGAGCGCUGCUGUCUUUUGUGGAAAAAAAAUCCGGAAACAUGGGUCGUAUGCACGCACCUGGUAAAGGUAUAUCGCAGUCUGCGUUACCAUAUAGACGCAGCGUUCCAACAUGGCUAAAAUUGACACCAGAGGACUGCAAAGAAUUAAUUUAUAAGUUAGCUAAAAAGGGCCAUACACCGUCGCAAAUUGGUGUAAUUUUGCGAGAUUCUCAUGGAGUGGCCCAGGUGCGUUUCCGUACUGGAAAUAAAAUCCUCAGGAUUGUUAAAAGCAUGGGUCUUGCUCCAGAUUUACCAGAAGAUCUUUACUAUUUGAUUAAAAAAGCAGUGGCUAUCAGGAAACAUUUGGAAAGGAACAGAAAGGAUAAAGACAGCAAAUUCAGAUUGAUUCUUGUGGAGUCUAGAAUUCACAGACUUGCUCGAUAUUAUAAGUCAAAAGGAACACUUCCAGCUAACUGGAAAUAUGAGAGUUCUACUGCCAGUGCUCUUGUUGCUUAAUUAUUUCCUCACAUUUCUUAAUAAAAUAAGAAUUUAAAUAA